GAAGAGGAGGAGCAGCACGAGCAGCAGCACGCGGUUCUCCCGCCUGCCCGCUCAGGCCGCCGCUCCCCCCGCUCCGGCAGAAUCGCCCCUCCAGGAACCCGCAGGAUUUCCCAUUCCCAAACCUCGGCCCGAUGGAGGAAGAGGGCGCGGCGAGGAAGAGGAAGAUGUCCCGGGAGCCACAGGCAGGCACGGAGCUGAGCACGGAGCCCAGGGAGGAAAAAUCCCGGCAACAGAACCUCAUGGAAGAGGGCAUUUUGGGCGACUCCACGGCGCAGGAAUCCAGUAAGGAAGAAAAGCCCCGGAGAUGCCGCACAAGGACGGGCUGCAAAGGCAAAUCUCGAGCAUCUGAUGAGGAAAGAUCUACUCUGGCCCGGGAAGGUGGUGGGAGCUCAGAGCUGGAGACCCCUGAACAGCCUCAGGGUGAGGAGAAGCCCCACAAGUGCUCAAAAUGUGGGAAGAGCUUCAGGUGGAGAUCCGAACUGAUCCGCCACUGGAGAACCCACACCGGGGAGAGGCCCUACGAGUGUGACCAAUGCAGGAAGAGGUUUCAGAGCAGCUGCAGUCUCCUCCGGCACCAGCGGAUUCACACGGAUGAGAGGCCCUUCUGCUGCCCCAACUGCGGGAUAGGCUUCAAGCAAAACUCGCACCUCGUCAUCCACCGGCGCAUCCACACUGGGGAGAGGCCCUAUGAGUGUCCUGAGUGUGCAAAGAGCUUCAGCUCGACCUCCCAAGUGAUCAGACACCAGAGGAGUCACACGGGCGAAAAGCCCUAUGAGUGUGGAGAGUGUGGGAAAGGCUUUAGACUUAGGUCCCACCUGAUCGUCCACCACAUGAUCCACACAGGGGAGAGGCCCUAUGAGUGUGACCAAUGCAAGAAGAGGUUUCCCACCAGCUCCCACCUCCUUGUGCACCAGCGGAUUCACACGGAUGAGAGGCCCUUCCGCUGCCCUGAAUGCAGGAUGGGCUUCCAGCGAAACGCCCACCUCGUCAGGCACCAGCGCACCCACACCGGGGAGAGGCCCUAUGAGUGUCCCCAGUGUGGGAAGAGCUUCUCCAGGAGCUCUCACUUGAUCCGACACCAACGGAGCCACACUGGGGAGAGGCCCUACAAGUGUCCCCAGUGUGGGAAGAGCUUCUCCAGGAGCUCUCACUUGACCCGACACCAACGGAGCCAGCACUGAGGGAAGCCCUGCGAGUCUCAUGAGUUUUGGAUGAGUUUCGUGCGCUGCUCCAGCUCCAUCCCCCAUGGGAGCAUCCCCCUUGGAUGAUCCCCAGUGAUCUGCAGUGCCGGUGAUCCGUGUUGGGCAGACACCUGGCUGGGGGCUCCACAUCCUCUUGGCUCCCUGUGGCCUGGAUUUCUUUUUCAUUUCUCUUUUUCUUUCAAAACCCUCAAAAAUGGGGUAAAAAUAAAAAUUUCUAACACAGACCUGGAUGGGGACAUGGGGGAUCUUUCAGGGGAUGUGGGGGGUGCUGGGUUCAAGGGAGCUGAGGAUUCCAGGUAGGAAAUUAGGAGUUGCUUAGGGGUUUGGGCUCCCCAGGCCGAGCGGCUCCGGCUGCAUUGGGAGACCCUGGGGGAGGUUCUGGGCCAGCUGAUCAAGGACCCUGCCCUGGGACUGUUCCACUCUUCCUGGUGUGCCCUUUCCAAGAUGCCCCUCUCCUCAGUGUCCCUCCGCUUGCCCCCUGCCCGUUCCUGUAUCAACCCACUCCUGGUCCUGUCCUGUUCCCAUUCCACUCCAGAUCCCAUUGCUGGUCUCAUUCCCUGUCUCUGUUGUUUAUCCUCUGGAUGCCAUUCCCAUAUUUCCAGUCCCAUAUUCCCUGCACUGUUCCCAUUCUUCUAUUCUCAGUCCCAGUGCUGGUCUCCCAUUUCCUUGUUCCCUGUUCUGUUCCCAUAUUGCCAUUCCCAGUCCCGUUGCUGUAUUCCCAUUUCCAACCGCUGUGCCUCCUUUCUAAUCCACAUUCC